AUGAUGUUAUUCUGUGCACGUUUCAGUCCAUCAGUUCAUUUACGAGCUAUCAACGAUAAAAUGGGAACAAGAAAAUCAUUAUUUAUAACCGUAGACAAAAAUUAUUAUGAUCUAAGAGAUAUAUUAGCGUGCAAGCAGAAUAUGAAGUUUUUUUAUAUAUUUACUAUUUUCAAUUUGGUGGGUCAAAAGUUUCCUGAUACAGAAGAAAGCAUUAGUCGCGUAGAUUUACCACUUUUCAUGGUUGAAAGUUUGCCAAGUCUCAAGGUUAUACCUCCAUCCGAGUUCAGUUCAAUACAAAUGCAAGUAUUGCAAGCGUCACCAGAGCAUGUCAAUAUCAUGCAUUGGAAUCAGUUUUAUUUUAUUCUAUGCAAACAUAUCGCAAAACUAAUUCCAGCUAUGGAAGGACGCAUGCUAUCGGAAACAGCUCUGUAUACAUUUUUACAACGUUCGGGAUGGGUAAUAAAUUGUGGAUUGCAUCUAGGUAUAAAGUCACAUAAGAUUGAUUGCACUGAAGAACAACUUUAUCAGGUAUCGUUCAACAGUGCCUUACGAUUCAGUCGUUGGUUUAAUUCAAGGCAAACUGUUGCUCGUAAAAGAAAAAGUAGUCAGUUACCGAGAAAUUAA